ACGACAUUGCGGCGUUUAAAAGUGAACCGCACCGUCGAUAGUAGACUCAGUGCGAAAGUGUACAGUGAAGUGUCAUGUGUAUUUUAACUAUUUUGUAACACAUUCUUGUUUCAAAAUUAAAAAAUAAAAAAAAAAUUUACUCAACUUAGAAAUAAAAAAUGUCCGCCGAAGAGGAGCUUCUCAAACUACAACCGCGUAAUUUAGAAAAUGGUGCUUCAGAGCAACCAAAAACAGUAACGGUUGACGAGCUUACCGCUGGCGGCAAGCCCAAGGAGCAAUGGGGCAAUGAAAUCGAAUUUCUAUUCUCUUGCAUUUCGUUGUCAGUGGGCUUGGGCAAUAUUUGGCGUUUUCCUUAUAUUGCUUUUCAAAAUGGCGGUGGCGCUUUUGUUAUACCGUAUUUGAUUGUUUUACUCAUCAUUGGACGGCCGGUGUAUUAUUUGGAGAUCAUAUUGGGCCAGUUUUCGGGUCGUGGCUGUAUUAAGGCCUUCAAUAUGGCGCCAAUUAUGAAGGGUGUCGCCACUGGUCAAGCGCUUGCAACUGGCGCAUCGAUCACAUACUACUCCAGCAUAAUGGCACUGACUUUGCGCUUUCUAAUUGCCUCCUUCUCCAAAGUGCUACCUUGGAGUUACUGUCGCGAGGAGUGGGGUGAUAGUUGCCUCAACGAAACGAUGUCAGCAGCAAUUAAUGGUACUAACGGUUUACCGCAUGGACGGCAAACGAAAAUGUCUUCAGCUGAAUUGUAUUUUCAAAAGGAAAUCUUACAUGAACAAGAUGACAUUUUCAAUGGCUUGGGUAUGCCGAAUUGGGACCUGGUAGGCUGCUUAGCGGUGGCAUGGUUUAUUAUUGGUGGCGUACUGAUAAGAGGCGUCAAAAGUUCCGGAAAAGCUGCCUAUUUUCUUGGUGUUUUCCCAUAUGUGGUCUUACUUAUGCUGCUUUUGCGAGCUGUUACUCUACCCGGUGCCAUGGAUGGUAUCAUUUAUUUUUUCAAACCACAAUGGUCGGAGCUACUAAAUCCGCUGGUAUGGUACGCCGCAGUCACACAAGUUUUCUUCUCAUUGGCCAUCUGCUUCGGCACCUUGAUCACGUAUGCCUCUUACAAUAACUUCUCACGCAACGUAUACAACGAUAUAGUGAUCAUCACAACAAUGGAUUCCUGCUCCUCCAUCAUCGCGGGCUGCAUCACAUUCGGCAUACUUGGCAAUUUGGCAUACAAGACCGGCGCCACAGAUGUGGCUAGCGUGGUGAAGGGUGGCGCUGGCUUGGCUUUCAUCUCCUACCCCGAUGCCAUAGCGAAAUUUGAAUUCAUGCCACAGGCAUUCGCGGUUCUCUUCUUCCUCAUGCUAUUCGUAUUAGGUAUCGGCAGCACGGUCGGCAUGGGCUCCUGCAUUGUGCGUGUGAUACGCGACCGUUGGGUGCGUGCGCCGAAUUGGGCGCUGGCGCUGAGUCUGGCGUUGCUGGGUUUCGCCGUGAGCAUUGUGUAUAUGACACCUGGUGGACAGUUCGUGUUGAAUCUGGUGGAUUUUUAUGGUGUAUCAUUUACGGCGUUGAUUUUAGCGAUUGGUGAAUUGUUGGCUGUUGGUUGGGUGUAUGGCGUUAAGCGUUUCUGCGCCGACAUUGAAUUCAUGAUUGGCUUGAAAACCGGCAUUUAUUGGCGCAUCUGUUGGGGUGUCAUAACACCGGGUCUAAUGUUGGCGGUGCUGGUGUAUACGCUCAUCGAUUUGAAGCCGUUGACAUACAAAAAUGUCGAUUAUCCGCAAAUAGCGCACAUUUUCGGUUGGUGUCUUUCCGCCAUUGGUCUACUACAAAUACCGGGCUGGGCUUUAUAUAGCAUCUGCAAGCAGCCGAAAUCCGUUGGUUUGCUCAAACAAUUGUCUGCUGCUGCAUCACCUGCAAAAAUUUGGGGUCCAAUGGAAAAAACUAAACAUGAGGAGUAUGUACAGCAUCGUCACAAGUUUGAACUGCAAGCAAAGCAAAGAACAAUUUUACAAAGUGCUUAUGAUAAUCUAUUUGGUUAGGUUACCUUGCUUAAAUGUUAUUUUUCUUGAUUUAGCAAAGCGUGUAUUUUCACAUUAAUUACUACUACAAAUUAAAUUGUUAUCUUCUUUUAUUUAAAAUAAGUGUUUAACAAAAGUCUUGCAUUAAAUGGCUUAAAAUUUUAAUUUCAGCUUAGAAUGUAUGUUUGUUUAUAGUUCACAAUGCGUCUUAAAGCAAAUAAAUAUGUACGUAGAAAGCAGUAGUAGAAA